CAUCAUAUGUCAAAAAUUAAUCUUCCAAGUUCUUGUCUCCACUGUUCUUUCUUUAUCACUACUGAGUAAUUGAUGAAUGAAGUCAAACUUUUACUAUAAAUUGGGUGCACCUUCUCGUAUCACCCCAACCUACAAUCAUAAGAAAACCACAACAAAAAUGAAGCCAAACUUAUGCGUUGAAACAAAAGGCAAACUGCUAGAAAAUGAUGAAACAGAACCAGUAUCUCCUACUGGACAAUACUUCAACAGCAAAUCCUUGUCUAUUUCUAUCCUUGCCAUUCUCGAAUCUGAAGUUCCCAUAGAUGACUCAAGCGCAACAACAUUACUUCAAGACCUUUUCCUUCCCAUUAGUCCUAGAUUUUCAUCUAUUAUGAUAUCUAACCCUACAGGAGAAAAACAAUGGAAAAGAGUUCAAGUAAACCUUCAAGAUCACAUCAAAGUCCCAACCUUCUCCAACAACUUAUCAAAUCAAUCAUACGACAACGAAUUCGAUCAAUAUCUUACAAAAAUCAGCAUGAAUCCACUACCAAAAGACAAACCAUUAUGGGAAAUUCACAUACUCAAAUACCCAACAACCAAAGCAGCUGGUCAUCUCAUUUUCAAACUUCACCAUGCACUUGGAGAUGGAUACUCUCUAAUGGGGGCGCUUCUUUCUUGCGUGAAAAGAGCUGAUAAUCCUUUUCUUCCGUUGACUUUUCAGUCAACUCGAGUAAGUACACAACAAGUUCAGAAAAACAACAACAAUGGUGGUUUUAUGAGGUUGAUGGUGAUGGGAAGAAGAACUUUGUCUAUGAUAUACAGAGGUUUUUCUGAUUUUGGGAGUUUUUUGAGAAGCUCUUAUACUGUUGAUGAUAAGACACCUAUUAGGUCUGGAAAUGCGAGUUUGGGUUUUCACCCUGUUAAAAUCUUUACCCUUGCGUUUUCCCUUGACCAAAUCAAACUCAUCAAAACAAAUCUUGGCACGAAGGUAAAUGAUGCUAUUUCAGGGAUAAUCUUCCUGGGGACUCGACUAUACAUGCAAUCAACACAUACAAAAUUCAACAAGUCGCGGUCUACAGUUACAGUAUUGUACAACACCAGGAAUAUAGGAGGUUACAUGUCUGUCGAGGAAAUGAUGAAUGCAGAUACCAAAAUAUGGGGAAACAAAUUCUCAUAUUUGCAAAUAUUAUUACCUGAAUUAACCAACAAGAAUUGCUCAAACCCCCUUGAUUUUGUCUAUGAAGCACGAAAACUGAUCGCGAGGUACAAAAACUCACCAGCAGUCUAUCUCACCGCGCAGUACCUGGAUAUUGUAAGGAGAUUCAGAGGAUCUGAGGCAAUAGCUGAGAACAUCCAUAGUAGAUUGACAAAAUCAAGCAUGGGAAUUACAAAUAUGAUAGGUCCAGCUGAACAAGUGACAUUGGCAAAUCAUCCAAUAAAAGGCAUGUACUUCAUGUGUACUGGUAUUCCUAAGAGCUUGACAAUAACAAUAAUGAGUUACACGCAAACAUUGAGGAUUGCAGUUGGAGUUGAAAAGGGCUUCAUAGACUCACAAAGGUUGGAAUCAUGUUUCAUGAAUGCAUUCGAGAUGAUAUACGAGGCGGCUACAAAGAGCUAAUUAAGGGGACAUUCAAGAUAACACGGCCCAAAUCCAUAUUUAAGGCCCAUAGGCCCAAUACCAAGACUUUUAAAUACUACAUCCGUUCCUUAAUGUUCUUUACGCUUUGGAAUAUGUGUCCAAAGUAUGAAAACUUUGAUCGUGGAUUCUCACUGUUAUAUACAUCAAAAUGUUAUCAUGUAAGAUCUUGUUAGAUUGGUUUCGUCGUAUAUUUUCAAAAUAUCAAAUUUUUAUAAUUUUUUUACAUACGGAAAUUGAUAUAUAAGUCGUUAAAUAUU